UUACGGAUAAACCGUAAUAAAAAAGUUUUAGUACAAGGUGUGUACAAAAUAAACUUAGAACGUAGUUAUUAAAUAACUUUCCUAAGUAUUGUGAGUUUUGUGAAUUAUAAAAAUUUGAUACGACAAUAUAUCAACAAACCAUAUAAAGCUAUGCCAAACCAGUAUGUCCUCGAAAGUGGAAUCAGAGAACAAAAUGCCUGCCAAAAAUGUAAUAUCUAAAUGGCUUCGAGCGAAACAAGGAAAACAUAAACACUCACCAUGGCGCUAGCAAGCGAAUAACCUUUGGGAAAAUAUGAAUGCGACCGAUCCGGAAAUACUGGUGGCAAAAGGCCAACUUUACAAUUUGCACAGAGGACCCGAAUACUCGCUAGAUCCCUCAGGAGCGGCGUACAAUGCUGUCCUUGAACUGAACGCAUCUUAUGAAAACAUUUCUGCAUACAACAUUAGCGAUGAAUCCAAACAGCCUUGGGAUGAAUACAUUAUUCUGCUUCAAGAUCGAGCGCUCCUCGUGACUUUCCUGCUAUUAUUCUCUCUGACAACAGUUUUCGGAAACAUGUUAGUCAUCUUAGCUGUUAUACGAGAACGAUACCUACAUACGUCAACGAACUAUUUUGUGACAUCUCUGGCGGUAGCUGACUGCCUUGUAGGUCUAGUUGUGAUGCCUUUCUCCGCGCUUUACGAAGUUCUAGAACACACUUGGUUCUUUGGAAUGGAUUGGUGUGACGUGUGGCGAUCUUUAGACGUUUUAUUUAGUACUGCAUCUAUACUCAAUCUGUGUGUUAUAUCGUUAGACCGUUAUUGGGCUAUAACGGACCCUAUUACAUAUCCUAUGCGGAUGAGCGGACGGAAGGCUGCAUUCCUUAUAGCGGCCGUUUGGGUGUGUUCCGGCGCUAUAUCCUUUCCUGCAAUUGCGUGGUGGCGGGCCGUCCGCUCAGAAGAAGUUCCGGACUAUAAAUGCCCUUUUACGGAAAACUUAGAAUACAUAAUAUUUUCAUCGACAAUAUCGUUUUACUUGCCGCUAUUUGUGAUGGUGUUUACGUAUUACCGUAUAUAUCGUGCAGCGACUAUACAGACGCGUUCGUUAAAAAUUGGUACGAAACAAGUGAUGCGGCCCAGUGGUGAGUUAGAAUUGACUUUGCGGAUCCACAGAGGUGGAACUAUGAGACAGAGAAGUGAUGUGUGUCACGGUGCGUGUACUCCAGAGGAGCCUGACCAGGAGCCUCUCACCGCGUUACAAAAUAAUGGCUUGUCGCGAUCGUCGACACGCUUAACGAAUGUAACACAUAAUAAACAUUUACCGAAAAACUUUUCGCUGCCCCGCAAACUCGCGAAGUUUGCGAAAGAGAAGAAGGCGGCAAAGACUUUAGGUAUUGUAAUGGGUGUGUUCAUAGUGUGUUGGCUGCCUUUUUUUGUAGUGAACUUAUUAUCGGGUUUUUGUUCGUCGUGUAUAGCACACGAAGAGAUUGUGAACGUGGUGGUCACGUGGCUGGGUUGGGUCAACUCCUCCAUGAAUCCCGUCAUUUAUGCCUGUUGGAGUCGAGACUUCAGAAGGGCAUUUCUAAGAAUACUCUGUGUGUGCUGCCCACGAAAGCUAAGGAGAAAAUACCAGCCACAAUUACGCUUCAAGCAAUCUCAGUACCCCGUGACGACAAUGAUGUACUCCUCCGUAUCACAGCACGAGAUGUGUCGAUUGUGACAGCAGGCCAGGACGGGCACCUGCAGACCCCGGACCAGGUGCUCUUGAUGCAGGGAGCGCCGCUCCAUGCGACGGAACGGCGACCGAACCUAUAGAUCUGACCAAAACAAUUUCGACCCCAUACACUACGUAUAUCCAGACUCAGAAUCCGUGAGUGAAGUGAGCCUUGAUAGUGAGAGCCGCAACCAAUCCUUUAAACGGAAAAUGAGCAAGCAUGUGACGUACGCGAAAGCUGAGAUCUCAAGUUAACUGUUAGAUUUUUGCGCAAUUUUCAAGUGAUCGUACGUA